AUGGCCGGAAUAUUCCCCUCCCUCCGGCGAACCUACCUCGUCCUCUACAACUGGACUCUCUUCCUCGGCUGGUCCCAGGUCCUCUACCUCGCGGCCACCGCACUCCUCACCACCGGCCACCGCUCCGUCUACGCCGCCGUGGAAAAACCUCUCCUCCUCGCCCAAUCCGCCGCGCUCCUCGAGAUCCUCCACAGCCUGACCGGAAUCGUCAGAUCUCCGGUCGCCGCCACCCUUCCCCAAGUAAGCGGUCGGGUCUACGUCGCGUGGGGCAUUCUGUACAGCUUCCCCGAGAUCCGGACCCAUUUCCUAGUCGGAUCCCUCGUCGUCAGCUGGUCGAUUGCGGAAAUUAUCCGCUAUUCGUUCUUCGGGCUGAAGGAGGCGUUCGGGCACGCGCCGCCGUGGCUGCUGUGGCUGAGGUACAGCACUUUUCUGAUGUUGUACCCUGUGGGGAUCGGGAGCGAGGUGGGCCUGAUCUGGUGUGCGCUGCCGUACAUGAAGAGCACCAGUAAGUACAGCGUGAGAAUGCCCAACAGAUGGAAUUUUUCUUUCGAUUAUUACUAUACUACCCUUUUGAUACUCGUGCUUUACGUUCCGGGUAGCCCGCAUUUGUACGGGUACAUGAUGGGGCAGAGGAGAAAGGCUCUGGCUAAGAAGGCCAAGGGAGAGUAG